CUUGCUCACAUCCGGUCGUAUAUAUUUUGCCACGAGUUAGCGGCGAAUUUGGAGUGUCCAUUUUGAGCUGUGAGUCGGCGACCCCCCGGUUUAUUCACGCAAAUCUCUUGAACAGAAACCAAUUUCAGAAUGGCAGACGCAGAGAAUCUGCUCAUGGAGACAUCGGAACAGAACGGAGACGAGGACCAGAAUGGAGCCGAGCAGGAGCUGAUGGGUGGCGACGACAGCCAGGACAGCGGCACAGACGGUGGCAAGAUCGAUGCCAGCAAAGGAGAAGAGGAUGCUGGAAAAAUGUUUGUUGGUGGCCUCAGCUGGGACACAAGUAAAAAAGACCUGAAGGAUUACUUCAGCAAGUUUGGGGAGGUCUCAGACUGCACCAUCAAAAUGGACUCCAACACCGGCCGGUCCCGAGGCUUCGGCUUUGUGCUCUUUAAAGACUCUGCCAGUGUGGACAAAGUGCUGGAACAGAAAGAACACAGACUUGACGGACGUCAGAUCGACCCUAAAAGGGCGAUGGCGAUGAAGAAAGAGCCUGCUAAGAAGAUCUUUGUUGGGGGAUUGAAUCCUGAAGCAACCGAGGAGGCUAUCAGGGAAUACUUUGGCGCUUUUGGAGAGAUUGAGACCAUCGAGUUGCCCAUUGACCCCAAAUCCAAGAAAAGGAGGGGCUUCAUUUUCAUCACGUAUAAAGAUGAAGCCAGCGUCAAGAAGUGUCUGGAGAAGAAAUACCACACCAUCGAAGGUGGCAGGUGUGAGCUGAAGAUCGCCCAGCCGAAGGAGGUGUACCAGCAGCAGCAGUACGGGACGGGACGUGGAGGAGGAUACGGAGGCCGGGGAGGAAGGGGCCGUGGAGGUCAGAGCCAGAAUUGGAACCAGGGCUACGGAAACUACUACCAGGGAUAUGGCAAUCAAGGCUACGGCUACGGUGGAUACAGUGGCUACGGCAAUUACGACUACUCUUCUGGUUACUAUGGAUACGGCACCGGAUAUGACUACAACCAGGGGAAUGCCAGCUACGGUAAAACCCCAAGGCGGGGGGCACACCAGACCAGCUACAAGCCGUACUGAUGAUCACUUGGUGGGGGAAGACUCCAGUGAUCCAGUAACACCGACGGCAGGACGGACACACUGGGUUCACUAAGACCUCUUUUAUGACAGAAGACCAUUUGUACAGAAAACAUCUGAAAUGUAACUUUUCCAUGUUUUUUUUUUUUGUUUUUUUCUUUAGCCUUUUUUUUUUUUUUUUUAAGUUUUGCUUUUCCCUUUGGUGUGUUUUUUUUUAAUUUUCUUUAAAUUUUAUUUUUCCCCCCUCCACAUUUCCACUGGAAGUGUAAUUUUUACUGUACUUUUUGGUACCUGUUUUGAUUCUAAUGUAUUGUAAGGGUUGUAUUUUACAUGUGUGCUGGCUUUACAGUAUAAAAUCGUUGCGCUGUAAAGGAGCUUUUUUUGACAAAUAAAACCAGUUUUCAGUAAAUUUUUUUUCUUUUUGUUCUGACGCUUGCAGGUUUGUUGAAUCAAAAUGGGGUUUAAGUUGAGUUUGUUUCUUUUUUUUUUAUUUGGAGGGCUUGUGAAGUUUGUCUGAAUACGUGAAAACCAUUUGAGUGAGGCUGACGUGUGAAGGCCUACAGCUGUGUAGGACGUAAUGUGGGUGUUUCUGUUUAGAGUAUUUAAGUACCGCUGAUUUUAGAUUGUCCCCCUGUUUUUUGUUUUUUCUUUUCUUUUUUGGACAGAUUUAAUCUUGCCAGUGUAGUCUUCUCAGCCAGUGUCGCUGGCCUUUAUUAGUAAUAAACAUUCACAUUUGGUAAAA